GGGCUCGGCCAUGGUGUUCCAGAGGUGAACCCACGCACGUACGUUGGCAUGGUUGGAGGCGAGCGUGGCUCCCAGGAAGCUAGCCGCCCGCGCGAUCUUCUACCAGGUGACCCUCUGCCUAUCUUUGUUUUCACGUUCGGAUGAGAUCGAUUGGGUUUUUUUUUCCACGUUCGCUGCAGUUCUACGAGGCGGUGACCCAGGCGAGGUGGUUCAAGUGGAGCUCGAUCCACGCCGCCGCGGUGGCCGCCUUGCUCGAGACCAACGGCGGCGCGGAGGAAUCCAGAUCCCUCGUCGCCGACUCCGCCGCGCGCCUAAAGUCCGCCGCCGAGGUUGCCUUCUUCUACUGCGACCUCAUGUUGGCCUUCUCCUCGCGCGGGCUGAAGGGCCGGGCCAUGGAUUUCUACGCGCGGCUCCGGGCGAUGCCGCCGCCGCUCGCCGGGGGCGGCAAGACCUACAUGGCCAUGAUUAAGUCCCUGUGCAUGAUGGGGCUCGCCGACGAGGCCGAGGGGGCGCUCCGGGAGAUGGCCGCUCUCGGGUACCAGCCUGAUGCGUUUCAGUUUGGAUUGGUGGCGAAAUGCUAUGGGAAGACGGGCCAAUUGGCUGAGAUGGAGAGGGUGACCGCGUCCAUGUCGGACGUUGGCAUCCGGAUGGGCACCGGCGCGGCGAACAUCGUCCUCUCGUGCUACAGCGCCUGUCGGGAUCAUGGGAAGAUGCUAAUGUGGCUGAAGAAGAUGAGGAAGUUGCGUGUGGCACCGACCACCAAGGCUUACAACUUUGUGCUCAACUCGUGCCCGACGGUGGUAUCGAUGGCUCGUGAAUUGGGCCCUUCGCUGCCGUUGUCGCCCGCGGAGUUGGUGAGGAAGCUCAAGUCUGGGUCUCCAUGGCCGGCAGAAGCUGAGGUGGUGCAGGAGCUUCUGGCAGCCUCACCAGUGCUGGAUAAGGCAAUGGUUUGGUCAGAAACUGAGGUGAAGUUGAAUCUGCAUGGGUUCAGUAUAACUUCAGCUUAUGUGUUGAUGCUGCAAUGGGUGGACGCGGUGAAGGGGGUCCGUGCGUUGCCAUUUCGAGGGAGGGAGUUAGUAGAGGCGCACCCAUGA